AGUGUCUGUGGCACUGCUCAUGCUCAGUGGGCUCUGGGCUGCUGGUGAGUCUGUGGAAAUUAUCAUGCAGAAAAUAAGCCUUGUUUUAUGAAGUAUAAAUCUGUAUAUUGUUAGUCGUCUCUAACCUCAGGUAAGUGACAAAAGCCCAGGUCAUGUGCUGGGAAUCAGCAGAAGAAAAGAUGGUGAGCUACAGGGGCAUUCCAUAGGCAAAGAUUUUCCCUGCUAAAGGGCAGUGGUUGUGUUGGGUUGGUAUAGAAGUCCAAAGCAUUUAUAGCUUACUUCUUUGUUAAAUGUUAGUUCCUUUAAAUCAAGCAGCAUAUAUUAUUCAUCAUUGCCUGCAAGAAUGGCAGUUAAGAAAAAGAUGCCCCUUUAACAGGAAUGGAUAAGUAUUGCUUUAAAAACCAAUUCAAUGCCAGAUGCCCAGAAGUACAUACUCUCAGGACUAAUACUGGGCUUGAAAGGCAGCUGUAAUUUACAGAGUGCGAUAGAAGAGAUUCUUAAUUUCUUAUUUUAAGCUGUAAAUAGUGCCUUAGCCAAUCAGGAACAGGAGUAAGAGCUGGGAGAUUCACUAAAGUACAAACAGAGAGAGCUGCUGAAUGAGGGGCUCAUAUUAGUAGAAUACAUUGGUACCAGGCCAUCCUGUUACAAUCUUCACCAUGUUAGUAUCACUUUAAAGUCACACCCCACCCUCUGGAAUGUAUUUGCUCACUCACUAGAGAAUUUAGUUUCAUUUCUUCUUCUGCUUCCCAGGAUGGCGGCUGCUGAUCUGAGAGAUGAGUUGAACUGCUCCAUCUGCCUGAGCAUUUAUACUGACCCUGUAAUGUUGCCAUGUGGCCAUAACUUCUGCCAGGGCUGCAUUGGGAAGGCGCUGGAUACCCAGGAGGGAUCUAGGAGUUACAGCUGCCCUGAAUGCAGAGAGGAGUAUCAGGAGCGCCCUGCCCUGAACAGGAACCGGACUCUGCGUAACAUAGCAGAAAUAAUUUGUCUUAUUUUGUCUUCUUCUGAGAAGAAGAAAGAGAAACUGAGGAAAGUUCUGGAGCAACUGAGCCCAAAGAGAGAGGAGACUGAGAGAGAAGUCCAGAGGCUGCAGGAGCGCAGGAGAGAAGUGGCAGAAAAAGCAGCCGGUGAGACAGAGAGAAUCACUGACCUGUUUAGAGACAUCAGGGAACAGCUGGAAGUCCUAGAGAAGCAACUUCUGAGUGAAAUCUCCAGCCAGAAAGAGGAGUUUUCCCUCCAACUCUCUCAUCGAAUGGAGCAGCUGGAAAUAAAGAAGGACGAGCUGUCCUGGAAGAUCCAUCACAUUGAGGAGCUGUGCAACAUGGCAGGUCCACUCAUUGUCCUACAGGAACGGGAAUCAGAUGAGGUUGAGGUGGGAGAUGAAAAUGAGGAGGAGGAUGAAAAUGAUGAUGAAUUGGAUGACAAAGAUCUGGAUGUGGCUUUGAUCUCAGAGACAUUACUAACAGGUUUAGCUGGGAUUGUGACUGGGGUAAAGGGAAGGAUCUAUGGUCAGGAGGCUACAGACCUGUUACUGGAUAUAAACACGGCCCAUAAAUGUGUUGCUUUAUCAGAGGACAGGAAAACUGCAACCUGGUCAGACACAAAACUCUGUUACCCUCGCACACCAGAGAGGUUUAGAACAUAUCCCCAAGUGUUAAGCAGCAGGAAUUUCACAUGUGGAAGACAUUACUGGGAAGUGGAAACCAGUGGAUUGGGGGACUGGGAUAUAGGGGUGGCCUGUCCCAGUAUAGUGAGAAAAGGGGAUGAUUCAGCUAUUGGACAUGAUAUCAAAUCCUGGAGUUUGUGCAAAUCUAACAAUGAAUUUUAUAUGUUACACGCAUCCAGUGAAACUCUUGUACCCUCUUCCUGCCUGAGAUUUAGAAUCUCACUGGACUAUGAAGCCGGACAUUUGUCCUUCUAUGAGUUGAGUGAGCCAAUCAGACACUUACACACCUUCACUGCCACUUUCACUGAACCCCUGCACCCUGUAUUCUCUGUGAUUGACAAUGCCUGGGUGAGAAUCUGCAGCUGAUCCCACUCAUCUCUCCCCAACACAGACACACUUAGUUUAUACUAAUCUCUUUAAAGAUUAUUUGUACUGAAAAUUUUAAAAUAUAGUAAAUGACAUCAGGGGGCAGGAUUGUGUGCACAUGGAAUAAGCAGUGCCAAUAAAAUGGGGGAUACUUUAUACAAUGAUUGUAGUUAUACAUUUCUCUAAUGCUUUUAAUUCAUCCUAAAUUAUAAUUUUGUAUGAAUAAUCAUCUUUAUUAUGAAUCCUAAAUUUUAAUUUCAUCUCACUGUGUACUCGUAUAGUUGUGAUGAGAAUAAAUCUGACUUAACAUUAAAGGAGAUGUUUUGUGUAAAGAAUGAAAAUAUACCAGUGCGUUAUACUCAUUUAGAUAUAGAAGAAUUGUGCUUAAAAUAGUAGUGUUUCAGGCUGAUUUAUUGAAUAUUUCUGCAAAAAACCCUA